AUGGGGACAGAGAUGCUGGCCGCACGAGUAGGCCGACUCUAUCUCUCGUUACUCAUUGGCACUCCGGAGACCAAGGUAAUGACCACGGGCAACACAAACGCGACGAGACCCACACUGAGAUCUCACUAUGGGACAAAUAUCGGCCUUCUAUUCGUAGAAGCAAACCCAGGUUUCUUCAUUUCAGCCAGUGAUGACGAAGAUAUUGACCUCGUUACUUCAAUGGUUUGCAUCAAGGGCUAUGAUUAUUCUGCCGCUGAGCAGGCGUGGGGGAGUAUAAGAACCCAGCCCUUUUCACCCAGCAUUCACACGGCGGCGUCUGGGAGUCAGGGUCGGGAGGCAUGCAUGCCCAAGUUCUAUACUGCAUCCAAGGCCACGUUUGAAGUGGGCGGCCAUGAGUUCCCUCGCAUCACUUGGUAUAAGGAGCCUGGUAUGCGAGGCCUAUACAUCCUCCUAAUGUUCGCUGUCCUCACUUCGGCCACCAAUGGCUACGAUGGUUCCAUGAUGAACGGCCUUCAAUCGCUUCCUUAUUGGAUUUCAUCUUUCGACGAUCCGAGUCCUGCGACCCGAGGGCUGUUAAACGCCAUCAUGUCUGUCGGUUCCAUCGUGGCGCUUCCCAUAACACCAUAUAUUGCAGACAUCGGAGGUAGACGCGCUGGUAUCAUGACCGGCUGCGUUAUCAUGAUCAUUGGUGUCGUCUUGCAGUCCAUUGGUGUGAACAUAGGGAUGUUCAUUGCCUCACGCUUCCUUAUAGGUUUUGGAGUCGCAAUUGCUCAUGGUGCGGCACCUCUUCUGAUUGCCGAGUUGGUACAUCCACAACAUCGCGCGAUCUUCACGACGAUCUACAACAGUACCUGGUACUUGGGGUCCAUUAUUGCGGCCUGGCUGACCUAUGGAACCAAGAACAUAGACUCCGCAUGGUCCUGGCGAGUACCUUCCAUGGCUCAGGCACUCCCUUCAGUCAUCCAGCUCAUUGCAAUUUGGAUGGUCCCAGAGUCACCGCGCUACCUGAUCUCCCGAGGACACAACGAGAAGGCGCUUCAAAUCCUCGCCACAGUCCACGCGCGUGGGAACGCCGAAGAUGAACUGGUCCAGGUAGAGUAUCACGAGAUCCGCGAGACCAUUGCGCUCGAGAAAGAAUUCGAGGGCAACGGCUGGAUGGAACUGUUCAAGACGAUCGGCAACCGUCGCCGGCUCAUCAUCCUCGUCUCCCUCGGUUUCUUCUCGCAGUGGUCGGGCAACGGACUGGUCUCGUACUACAUGAACGAUGUUCUCACGGCGGCAGGCGUCGCAUCGAGCGACAUGCGCCUCCUGAUCAACGGCAUCCUCAACAUCAUCAACUUCAUCGUGGCGCUGGGCAUGUGCUUCGUGAUUGACAAGUUUGGCCGUCGGCCCCUGUUCCUCCUCGCCACCGGCGGCAUGCUGGGCUCCUUCGUCUUCUGGACCAUCUGCGCCGCUCAGUUCGUCAAGACGAAGGUCAAGAUGGCCGCCAACGCCGAGAUCGCCUUCAUCUUCAUCUACUACGUCUUCUACAACUGCGCCUGGUCCGGUCUCCUCGUGGGCUACGCCGUCGAGAUCCUCCCCUACAAGCUCCGCGCAAAGGGUCUCACCAUCAUGUUCCUCGCCGUGGACCUCGCCCUCUUCUUCAACUCCUACGUCAACCCGGUCGCGCUCGACUCCCUCGGCUGGAAGUACUACAUCGUCUACGACUGCUGGCUCGCCUUCGAGCUGGCCGUCGUCUACCUCUUCUACAUCGAGACGCAGAACACCGUGCUCGAGGAGAUCGUCAAGUACUUUGACGGCGACGCAGCCCUGCUAGGCGGCGGCGGCGUUGUGGCGACCGAGAAGGCUCGCGUGCUGCUCGCCGAUCAGCAGCAGUCGUCGUCGAAGACGAUGAUGGCCCGGAAUCGUCCUCUCGGAGGAGGAGGCGAUGGAGAAUUCUCUAAGGCCCCGGCCGUCACGGCGGAGCACCACGAGGUCCGCGCGGAUGUCUCCCCUGCUACCAGCGAGCGGGCGAGAUAG